UUUCCCAAACCGUCUGAUGUCCGGGACCGGGAAGAUGCCCAAGCCGUUCCCGUGCCCCUUCUCAGGCUCAUCCCUGUGGCUGGCAUCCGUCGCUUUGAUGGUGCAGUCCGUGAUCUCCUCCUCCUCCCCUUACCGGAGAACUGUGCCGGGCGGGAAACGACCGGGCUUCAUGGAAAGGACGUUGAUUCUGCUGGACGUCAACACCAGGAGUCCGGUGAAGGUUCUUAACGACAACUUCCUCUCCUUACAAUUGGACCCGUCGAUAAUCAAGGACGGAUGGCUUGACUUUCUAAGCUCCAAACGUCUGGUGACCCUAGCCAGGGGUUUGUCCCCAGCCUACCUGCGCUUCGGAGGCAAACGCACUGACUUCCUGCAGUUCCACAACCUGAAGAACCUUGCUAAGUUCCGCGGACCCGGCCCUGACUACUACCUGAAGAACUAUGAGGAUGAUAUUGUGCGCAGUGACAUUGCCCUGGACAAGCAGAAGGGCUGUAAGCUGGCCAACCACCCAGCCAUGAUGCUGGAGCUGCAGAGAGAAAAAGCUGCUCAAAUGCAGCUGGUUCUGCUCAAGGAGAAGAUCUCAAACAUGUACAGCAACAUCACAAUAACAGAACAAGACUACUGGUUCUCCCUGGUGUUUAAGCGUCUGGUGGGGCCCAGGGUGCUGGCUGUCAGAGUGGCAGGACUGCAGAAGAAGCCCCGACCAGGGAGGGUCAUCCGAGACAAGCUCCGCAUCUACGCCCACUGUACCAGUUUCCACAAUCAUAAUUAUGUACGUGGAUCAAUAACCAUCUACAUCAUCAAUCUGCAUCGGUCACGGAAGAAAAUCAAGUUGGCGGGAACUUUACGGAACAAGACUGUCCACCAGUACCUACUACAGCCGCACGGCACGGAUGGACUCCACGCCAAGUCUGUGCAGCUGAAUGGAGAACGCCUUCUGAUGGUGGACAACGACACGUUCCCCGAGUUGAAGCCCAGGACGUUGAGGGCCGGUCGCACGAUAGCCAUGCCCCCCAUGACCAUAGGCUUCUACGUCAUCAAGAACAUCAACGCAUACGCCUGCAAGAGAUAAUACUGACCCCUGAACCCCCGACUCUGACCCCUACUCACCUUCAACACACAGUUAUACAGACCCCUGACCUCUGAACUAUGACCCGUCCACACCUGAUCCCUGACACCUGAGCUAGAUCCUCUUUCCUUCUCUGAUCCUCGUACCAUGCUCACCCUCCCCUUUUUAAAUAUGUUUCCUGUCUCCUCCCUUAGCUUAACAAACUCCUCCACGGUAGAGCAGAGUAGAGCAGAGUUGAUCCCUGAUCCUUCUUCCAGUCCAAGAAAGGCUUGCCCUUCGUACAUGAACAAGGGUUGCACUGAAAACCUUUCACUGUUCCUCCUCUUCAUCAUCUCUGCUCGUCCUCUUCGUAACCCCUGCUCCUCCUCUUCAUCACCCCUGCCCCUCCUCUUCAUCACCCCUGCCCCUCCUCUUCAUCACCCCUGCUCCUCCUCUUCAUCACCCCUCCUCUUCAUCACCCCUGCCCCUCCUCUUCAUCACCCCUGUUCCUCCUCUUCAUUACCACUAUCCCUCCUCUUCAUCACCCCUGCCCCUCCUCUUCAUCACCCCUGCCCCUCCUCUUCAUUACCCCUGCCCCUCCUCUUCAUCACCCCUGCCCCUCCUCUUCAUCAGCGCUGCCCCUCAUCUUCAUCACCCCUGCCCCUCCUCUUCAUCACCCCUGCCCCUCCUCUUCAUCACCCCUGCCCCUCCUCUUCAUCGCUGUGCUGCAGUACGCCCUCUUGCUGUGACGGAGAUACUGUACUGUUGCGUGCUUCGUGCUUUUUGUUGUGACAGAAACGGAUGGUCUGGAGGCUGUGUUCAUCGCUAAACAUCUUUGAUCAUCCCUGGGUCUUCCAAUGGCCAGUUCCGAGUCUGCCAAGAACAUUCUGUCCUUCCUGGCCUCCUAACAUUCGUUCCUGUUAUUGAAUUUGUCAAGGUGCAGGAAGAGAGGAGAACCUGUAAACCAAAACAACACUGGUUGACCCAAUCUUCUCCAGACAACCCACAGAGCUCUGAGUGUGUGUGUGUGUGUUUGUGUGUGUGUGUGACCUUGUGUGUUGUGUGCCUUUGUGUGUGUUUAUGCAUCUGUGCAUGUACAUGCAUGUGUGGUUGUAUGUGUGUGUGCAUGUGUGUAUUAUAAAUGUCUGUACCUGUGUGAACGGCUACAGUGAGGAAAAAAAAACAUCAAUACAAACAUAGAAACCCAUGGAUUUGUAAUUGUUGUUCAGACAUGGUCAGAUAUUAUGGUCAGAUAUUUUGGUCAACCUUCAAACAUCAAAAGCCUCUCUGCGGACCAUCUCCUGUGUCCAGAUCUCCCCUAUGCUGCUAGCUUUUUUGAUGAAUACUAUCAAUGUUUGACAUCUUUUGUACAGAUUUUCCCUAGCCAGUAUAACUUCUAUGUAAUGUACAUAUGAGACGUUAAAUUUGAAAAAUGCGUGAUUGCGGUGUUUACCUUGGCUAUGUAUACUGUAUACACAUAAUUUAAGUGAGUUUCUAUGUGUUGGUUAUUGUUUCUAGUGCUGUGGAAACAACAAUGACUUCAAUUGUACCCCCCCCUCUCCUUCACCCCAUGUGAACGACUCUCAGUUCAAACCCAAAACCAGACCUUGAAGUUUAGUCAUUUAGUGUUCUUUACAUGUAUACACAUUCUUCAAUUUUACCAUUGUAAUGUCAUGGGAUACUGUUCAAUAUAUGACUGUGUCCUAAAAUGACUCUGCUUUUAUAGCCACAGUCUCUUUGUGUUCAAACAACUUAAUUGUAUUCAUUUUGCAGCCAUUGAUCUGUUGCAGUGACUUCUUUAUCCACGUGGUGAAGAGAGACCUGGGUGGGUUGAGGCAUUGAUGGGACAGGUUGUUGCCAUAUUGCUUUGUCCCAUCCAGUCCUUUCUGAUCAGUGGUCAGUGUUCAUGAAGGGGGAACAGGGGGAAAGGCUGUGUCUGUGAAAUAGCUGUAGAGUACAAAGAGGACUGUGGUGGUUUCAAUCCUGGGUGGUUUCUGUCCGUGAAUCUUAGAUGAUUAUAACGUUCAUCUUUCUCCUCAGAAUGUGUCCAUUGUUCUUGUAGAGGUGUUCAUAUUUCCUGUUUGUUAAGAGAGCAAUAUUUUAUUCUGUAUAGUGUGCAAUCGAGAUCGCAUAUUAUUUUUUUGAAAAAGAAAUUAUUUACACUGAUAAUAAAAUGAACGUAAAAGACGAAAU